GCCGCAAGGGGCUGGUGUGGCCUCUCGCCGGCCUCAGCCUGUCGGCCUGGCUUGUACCGGAGUUUCAGGCGGGUGUUCCCAGGACUGGUCGGUGGAUGUGGGUAGGAGCCGCUGACGGUAUCCGAGCGGCCUAGAACCCGCAUCCUGCCCCGGGCUCGCCUGGUGGCCGGGUGCCCAGGCUCCGCCCGCGGCUGGCGCAGGAGGGAAGCAUGAAGUUAUCAGCAGAUGUGAAACCGUUUGUCCCCAAGUUUGCUGGGCUCAAUGUCGCGUGGACAGAGUCUUCAGAAGCUUGUGUCUUCCCUAGCUGUGCAGCCACCUACUAUCCAUUUGUACAGGAACCACCAGUGACUGAACAGAAAAUAUAUACAGAAGACACAGCCUUCAGAGCUUCAGCAUUUCCGCCCCAGUAUCUGUCUUCAGAGGUAACUCUACAUUCCUACGCUUACCCUCCAUAUGCCUUCGAGUCUACACAGAACGUGUGCUCAGCGCCUGCCUCACGGCAUGAUUACAGCCAACCCAGUCGUCACCGAAGUUUUCGGACUGUGAAGCCCCAAAACGAACAUAUGUGUGCUGUCCCACAAGAAAGAAAAGCUCCACUAAAGAAAAAAACCUGUGAUGAGAAGAAAAUAUACAAUGAGCAAAAAUUUAAAAGAACUGAGGCCCCAUCACCAUCUGAGAUCAAGCCAGACAGAGGUCCCCACCAUGUGUCCAUUCAUGCUGAGAAUAGAUUGAAACCAGAUGGUUACCAUAAGCGAACAGACAGGAAGUCCAGAACCACUGAACAGAUUCCAUCUACCUCCAAACCUGAGUUUGAAUUUAGUAGGUUGGACUUUCCUGAAUUGCAGAGUCCGGAGAGCAAUAUGUCAGGGAUACAGAAGCAGUGCACAUGGGGACCUCUGCGGUCCAGCUCCACCGUGUCUCUUGUAGAACAGGGUGAGACAGUGGUGGAAAAAGGCCCAAGUGGAUCUAUAACUGGUAAUGCUGCUUCCAGUUCCCUGUCAUGCACCAGAGAGUUAUCUUGGACACCAAUGGGUUAUAUUGUUCGGCAGACGUUAUCUUCAGAACCGUCACCAGCUCCCAAGAAUGUUACUUCGAUGAUAAACCUGAAGACUGUUGUUUCGUCAGCAGAUCCUAAAAGUGUUAAUUUGGCAUCUUCAGAUCCUUCCUACAAUGAGAAACAUGUUCAUCCUACUGAAAAGUCUCAAGCAUCACAAGGUGGUGACCUUGAACAAAAUGAAGCCUCGAGGAAGAAUAAGAAAAAGAAAGAGAAGUCCCAGUCAAAAUAUGAAAUCCUGACAGUACAAGAGCCACCAAGAAUUGAAGAUGCCGAGGAGUUUCCCAAUCUGGCAGUUGCUUCUGAAAGAAGAGACAGAGUAGAGUCACCGAAAUUUCAAUCUAAACAUCAGCCACAGAAUACUUUUAAAAAUAGUGGAAAGAAAAGCCAGAUUCCAGUGCAGCUGGAUUUGGGAGGCAUGCUAGCAGCACUGGAGAAGAAGCAGCAUGCCCGGCAGGCCAAGGAGUCCUCCAAGCCAGUUGUGUUCUCAGUUGGAGCGGUGCCCGUCCUUUCCAAAGAAGCCAGCUCGGGGGAGAGGGGCCGUCGCUUCAGUCAGGUGAAGACUCCACACAACCCCUUGGACUCCAGUGCCCCACUGAUAAAGAAGGGGAAACAGCGGGAGGUCCCCAAGGCCAAGAAGCCCACUUCCCUGAAGAAGAUUAUUUUGAAAGAACGGGAAGAGAGAAAGCAGCAGAGGCUCCGAGAAAAUGCCUUGAGCCCAGCUGUGCCCAGUGAUGAGGCACAGGAUGCAGAGAGUGGUGCCGAGGAGCAGGCCACUGACCAGGCUGGCCUCACAGUUUCAGGGGCAACAGAAGAAUUGGCCUCCUCCACUCCUGUGGUUGCGGGGCAGUCAGAAGAGCCACCUGGUGCAGAGUUCCAGAAGGAUGCUGAGGCCUGCCAGCCUGCACCUGACCAAGCUGCCUUCCCCAAGAUCCACAGCCGCAGAUUCCGGGAUUACUGCAGCCAGAUGCUCAGUAAAGAAGUAGACGCCUGUGUGACAGAACUACUCAAGGAGUUAGUCCGCUUUCAAGACCGAAUGUACCAAAAGGAUCCAGUGAAGGCUAAGACCAAACGCCGGCUUGUGCUGGGGUUGAGGGAGGUUCUCAAACACCUAAAGCUCAAGAAGCUGAAGUGCAUCAUUAUUUCUCCCAACUGUGAGAAGAUACAGUCAAAAGGUGGGCUGGACGACACCCUGCACACCAUUAUUGAUUGCGCCUGUGCGCAGAACAUCCCCUUUGUGUUUGCUCUCAAUCGCAAGGCUCUGGGGCGCAGUUUGAACAAAACAGUUCCUGUCAGCGUCGUGGGCAUCUUCAGCUACGAUGGGGCGCAGGACCAGUUCCACAAGAUGGUUGAGCUGACCAUGGCAGCCCGGCAGGCAUACAAGACCAUGCUUGAGAAUGUGCGGCGGGAACUGGCAGGGGAGUCUGUGCCUCAGAUGCCUCCCAGCCCACCCUCAGAGGGCCCCAGUGGCUCUGUGGAGGACACCCCUACAGAAGAGCCCCAAUACAUUCAGGUUUGGAGAAAGCAUCUGGAAGCAUACAGUUGCUGCACCCUGGAGCUGGAAGAAUCCCUGGAGGCCUCAACCUCUCAGAUGAGCAACUUGAAUUUAUAAGGAGAGAUUUCUUUCCUAUAUGUCUGUGUAUUGUGAGUAAGGAGCAGGGAAGCUUCAAAAGACAUCAGGGCUGUUCUUUUCAGUUUUUCACUGACCUUCUGUAUUUUGUAUGGCUAUUGAAUUUGGAAAUUAACCUCCACAAAAGACACACAAAAUGGUGGUUGUGAGGCUUCAGAGGUGGGAUUCCACCUGCUGCCAGCUGCAGUCUGGAGAACACUGGAAAUGCAUCCUUGAGCACCUCAGCUGCUGGGGCCUCCCCUCUACUGCCGCGUGGCUGAGCCUAGACUGUCACAGAGGCAGGCAGGGGCAAGGGCUGGGAGGAGCUGACUCUCGCAGGGAUGCUGACAUUGGAACAGAGGGCAGUGGGCAUGGGCCCUUUCUCAGGGGCAUAGCUCUUCAGCUUAACAGUGGGGAGGAGUUGCUAAAAUGAGCCUCAGAAGGAACAUUGGUUUUCUAACCUGCGACUUUUUGACAUCAGUUACUGGUUUUGGUCUGUAUUUCCAAAGAAAGGGUGUGUAUUCAGGUUGCUAGAUUUCAGCUUAGUUAACCUACUAAUCUUCCUUUUUUAAAUGAACAUAUUGUGAAUGUGAUUUCUGUCAUGGAGCCCAAGGGGCAGAGCUUACUUGCAUAUUUUCCCUGUAAGAAAGCGGGUUUAUUUAUUUUGAAUAAAGAGUGAUUAUUUAAUUUCA